AUGGAAUUAAAGAAUAAAUAUAAGUUUUUAGGUCUAACAGCAAUUUUAGCAUUGACUGGUUUUUUCUACAUCCAAAAGAAAAAGAACAGACCCUUUAGUUAACAGAUAGCAGAAAAAAUUAAAGGACUGUUUGAGAGAAUUGAUUCUCACUUCGGAGGCCAAUAGGUAGAAGAACUGAAUAAAUCUCUUAUAAAUAAUGAAGAAUUUAUGGAAAUCCUAUAGAAUGCAGCAAAGGAUUUCUUUGACUUAAAAAAAGUAGAUGAGGAAAUAUCCAAAGUGGAUUUUAUUGGAUAAUUAUCAAUCAUAAAUAAAUAAAUUAAUUAAUUAUUAGAAAUAAGACUCGUUGCCUAAUAUGUUGAAAAAAAUUCACUGCGAUCAGUUCAAGAACAAAUUAUUCAGAAGUUGGCAUCAUAGAGAGUGACCAAAAAGCAACCUAUUAUUUAGUUUGGAGAUGCUGCUAUGGAAUUUUUAAUAUUUGUUUAAUGCUCUUUCCUCCAUUUGUUACAUGAAGUGGAAAAUACGUUGCAAGAGUUAACGAAUCCUCAAAAAAUAGUUUCACUUAAUUGCUAUUUGAUGUGCAUCUUAGAUUACUUAAACAAACUAUUGGCUAAGUAUCCAAAUUUGAGAAAUCUAGUAGCAAUAGUAAUGCUUGAGAAAAUAGGAUCCAAUUAAUUUAAUUUCGACUUUUAGCAUGAAUGCAAGGAUCUCUAUUAUACUAAAGGCAUCAAAGACUGCAAAAUUCUCAAUAGUUGUGAUUGUUGCAUCUUUGAAUUACUCAGCAGAUAUAUUUCAAUAUUUUAAACUUCUGUUUAGAAAGAUUUGUUUGAAUUCUUCAAAUGUAAUCAAUUAUUUUAGACUCAUGAACAUUUGUUGUAAAUGGGGAAAAUAUUAUUCAAAAACACAUUCUAUUUAGGAGGACAGUUGAGCCAAGACUAACUGUAUUAUAUUGACACCUUUUCACCUCUACAUGGUCUAUUAAUAGAAGCAACCUCUAAUUCAAGUGUAUAGGAAGAACUACUGAAGUCGGAGGAGUUCGGAGUUAAUAUUUAAUACCUUGAAAAAGUAAUAAAUUCACAUGAAAAUCCUUUUUUAAAUAAAUUGCUAGCAAGUUUGAUUGACAUGUAUGCAAUUACUUAUCCAUUGUUUUAUAAUUUAAAUGCAUUGAAAUAAAUUAUCAAUGAAGAUCAAAAAAUAGAAUCUAUUCUGAGUACAUUUUUCGGAGUGUUAUUGAACUUAGAGAAUCGAGAAACGUAUGAUUCGAAUAAAUGUAUUACAAUAUAUGAAAUUAGAAAAUGA